AGUUAUCUUUGUUCCUAGGGGGAUACACGCUGCCCCCAUAACACCAUCCAACUUAAUUCUAGUUAGGUCGGGUGCCUGGGCCAAUAGAUAAAUUCGAACUAAGCAUUGCGCACUUUUUACGAGCAACAGUGCCUCGUCGACGUACUUCUCCAUUUUAUUUAUCUCAUUCAAGGAGCCAAGAAAAAUCGCCAGGCAAACCCCCAUUGCCUUUUCAAUCUGUCGGCAAAACUGCAAGGGGCGUUUUUUCAUCUUACUUUGUCGGUAUCGCCGCUGCACGCCACCCGCCGUCUCCAAAUUCGCUUUGCUUUGCUUACAUGAGCGCAAUUUGGGUUGCAUGACUCGGCUCACCACCGCAAGUCUCGUGAUCUCUUGGGAGGAUCAGCUACCCAACUCAUUGAACUCAUUGUAUCGCGGCAUCUCACUCCUUCUCAACAUAGCAUCUUUCGGCUCGCAAGUUCGGCGACAAAGAUGCCGUCAUUCAACCCAUUUGGCGCACAUGGUAACCGUUCCUGCUCACUGUUCCAGAUACGGCUUGACAAUGAUUUUGUCGUAUUUCGCGGGAGUGAACACGAAGCAUCUGGCCAACUUCUGAAGGGCGUCGUCGUGCUGUGCUUGAGGGAAUCAUUGAAGGUAGAGGAUGUCCACCUACGACUCACAGGUCAUUGCCGGAUAGCCUGGCUAGAUGGCAGGCAAACGCCAACAGGUAUCCACAACCAGAAGGUUGACCGAACGACCACUCUCUUGAAGCAUUCCUGGGCGCCUUUUGUUGGCGAGACAAAUCACCAUAAUAUCCUGGGACCAGGCAACUAUGAGUGGCCGUUUGAGUUGAUGCUCCCAGGCGACACGCCUGAAAGUAUUGAAGGCCUUUACCAAACAGGCAUCACUUAUCUCUUUAAAGCUACGGUUUCUCGUGGCAAAUUAGCCAAGAACCUACAUGCCUUCAAACGGUUACGCAUUAUCCGGACUUUGGACCCUGCGGCCUUGGAGUUGAACCACGCUAUGAGUGUGGAAAACGUGUGGCCCAACAAGGUCGAAUAUUCUGUCUCCAUUCCCCAAAAGGCCGUUGUAUUCGGCAGCAGCGUGCCCCUUGAGAUGCGCUUCACUCCGCUUCUGAAGGGGUUGGAGAUGGGAGUUGUGUCGGUUAAAAUGUUUGAGACACAAGAGUUUACAGUUUCUGGAUCGGGGCACCCCUUGAGAAUGCACAAGCACGAUCGGGAGGUAGCAUCAUGGAACCUAGAAGUGACGCGGGAAAACAAUUGGCAAGACAUAAUUGAAGAAAGUGAACAAGAAGGAUGGGUUGUCAAGCAAGACUUACCGUUGCCAAAGAAGUUGAACAAGUGCAUACAAGACUGCACUGUUCAAGGCAUCAAAAUUAGACACAAGCUUAAACUAACUGUUGCUCUUAACAACCCGGACGGCCAUGUCUCUGAGCUCCGAGCUACACUGCCUGUCGCCAUCUUUAUCUCACCUAACAUGCCAUUGGAUGACGAGGGCAACCUUGUUUCGGCGUCGGCUGGCACGUCAGACACAGCAUUGGACGAUUCGAGAAAUAUGGCACCGCCUGGAUACGGUCAGCACAUACUUGAUCAGCUCUAUGACGAUGUAGAUCUCAGCGGUAUCAUGACACCAGGGGUGCAAAGUGGUAUCAGCACUCCCUUCUACGCUCUUUCGCGGGCAGGAUCAACAGAUAACUUGGCACCUCUAGCCUAUGGCGCUGGCAUCACCCCCGCUGCUCUAUCGUCCAGGCUGCAGAGCGUGUCACUUGAAGCUGGCCAGGACCGCACGUAUUUCCUGCCACAAACCGAUCCAGGCUCAGGCGCGAUGACGCCUCAUCAUCCUCACGAUCACCACACCAGCACAGAGCACUCGUCACACCACUCCCCCGAAUUGUCUCGACGGACGAGCGAGGAGGAGCAUGUUGGAUACUCUGGCCACCAAACACCACCCGCCCACACAGAGUUUCCGAACAUGGAACAACUGAGCAAGGUUCCCAGCUACACGACAGCGACGAAAACACCCCUUCCUAGGACAUCUAGCGCUAACGAUUUUUUCGCGCUUCCGGACUAUAAUGCAGCAAUGAGUGCGCCGAGCUCCCCCACUCAAGUCGUCGCAGACCCCAUGGAAACGAUCACAGAAGACUCUGUAGACCUAACGUCGAACAGCGAAUCCGUCAGGCAUAGAAGAGCAUCAAGUGGCGGUCGAAACCACGUGAAUGGAUUCAGCUUUUUCCCUAGCCAUCAAAGUCAUAUUACCAUUGGCAGCUUCAGUGGCGAACGUCGAUCAAGGCUUUCACCGCAUAGGGGUACUUCUUCCUGAUUCGUGCAACGACACGGACUCACUCGACUCAGCGGCUGCGUUUAACAUCCGGCUGGGCAUUCAAAUAUCAUCAUCGCGGCGUUUAAAGGCAUAUAAAUGGCAUAAUAUGGGCAUGGUUGGUGUUGGGUUACAGGAUUGACAGGACUGAAUGAUAAUAGACCAGUGCAUUAGGGGAUAAUCUCAUUUAGACGGCUGCACUUUGUUUUCCUCCCCUUUUUCUCUCUCCUCAUCUAUGGCUGGCCAGGGGUUUCUGAUGAUAAAUAAUACCACAAUCAGUGUAUUUAGCGCAAGGCAUAGCAAGAUGGAACGGCAAUAUAUAUUCGCUGUUUCAAGUAAAGCGGUGUUCAAUCUGUAUUUGUAUACGUAGUAUA